AUGGAUGAUUCCACCUCUGGGUCCUCCGCCUCUGCUUCCUCAAUGGAAGACGUGACGGUGGGAUUGAGGAGAUCCUCAAAGUAUUCCUUCCACCGCCCGACAAUAUCCUCAGUCGAGGUCAACAGCUCACCACCUGCAGUCGGCAGUGUACUGCUUCCCCCUCCUGAAGCGCCGGACAGUUUGCCAGAAUUUCUUCGAGGCCGACCGAUAGUCCUCCUCCAUGGCCUCCCCGAACUCCUCCCAGCUCCGAGUUUUUGCCUCCGCCACUGCCCGAGCCGCGGCACGCCUGGCCUGCCGCUACACGUCAACUGCCUCAGGAGUCCCACAGGCCAACAAGGACCUGUAGGACUCCUUCUUCAGCUUGACGGCAUUCCUUACUUCCGAUGUCCACCACCGGGUUCUGGGAUUGCCGCCACGACAGGCACCAGAGACCUUGCGGCUACAGCUCCGAACAGCUGCGUUGACAAUGGAGGCCGAGAACAUGGUCCAUUCGGACUCAAUGUCUCCAGCCUCCCUCGGGAGCUGGGAGAAGCUCUCCUGGAGGUGGGAGUUGAAGACCUCCGCAACAGAGGGUUUGGCCAGAUGUUCCCAACAGACCCUCACAAUACGUUUGGGCCUGCCAGGCCUGUCAAGCUUCCCCCUCCGCCAGCGGAUCCAACUCACCACCAGGUGGUGAUCAGUUGACAGCUCAGCCCCUCUCUUCACCCGAGUGUCCAAGACAUACGGC